AGACCCACCACCAUGGCCGCUAGCUUGUGCUGCUCUACUCGCCGUCUGUUUUCACCAAGAGUGACCUCUACGCUGCGAGCGGAGCUUCGGCUCUUCUCGGGAUGCCGCAUCUUGAAGGCAGAGACUGCACAAACACCAAUGGGGAGCCAAGCCGGCACGCGGAGUAUCCAUGUCAGCGCGAUACGCAGACGGAACGCAGACGACUUCGUGCGGGAAACUGAGAAGUUCUUUGCUUCGAGUAGCAGCCAAGUAGUGGAAGAGCCACUUGGGCGCUCAUAUCUCUAUGUGCCUGCGACGUCCGAGCGUAUGCUGGAGAAAUCCCUCACGACAACAUCGGACGUCAUUAUCUACGACUUGGAGGAUAGUGUUCCACCGUCUGCAGCCGACAAGACGGGCGCAAGGAAGAGGCUUUCCACGUUCUUAUCCGAUCGUCUAGCGGACCUUCCUGCACAUGAGCGCAUUGCCGUCCGAGUUAACUCUCUUGGGACUCCCUUCUUCGCCGCAGACAUCAGCAUGGCCAUCAGCCUAGAUUGUGUGCGCACGCUGGUUUUGCCCAAGAUACAUUCCGCCAAGGACCUCUACCAUGUCUCCGAAGCAGUCCACGCCGCGUGCAUGGGCCGGUCGCGUCCGCCAGUACAGCUCGUGGCCAGCAUCGAGAGCGCACAGGCGGUGCACAAGCUAGGCCAGAUCGCGCAGUGGAAAGCCAAAGUCGAGCAUGGUGGGAGGCUAUCUGCACUACUCUUCGCCGCGGAAGACUACUGCGCGGACACGGGGGUCAUACGCACGACCUCGCGCCAGGAGUUGUUGUACACGCGGUCGUAUAUCGCGGUGACAGCGAAAGCUCAUAAGCUUAAGGCAAUCGACAUGGUCUGCGUGAACUACAAGGAUCUCGAUUACCUGCGGGACGAAUGUGAGGAUGGGCGGCGGCUCGGCUUCACUGGAAAGCAAGCUAUCCACCCCACCCAAGUCGAUGUUAUCCAGUCAACAUUUGUGCCCAGUUCCAAAGAGAUACUCCGCGCUGCACGGAUACUCAAGCAGAUGGAAAAGGCGCACAAGUCGAACAAGGGUGCUGCGGGCCUCACGCUAGAGGGCGGUGGCAUGGAGAUGAUCGACGCACCUAUGAUCAAGCAGGCAGAGAAUGUCGUGCGGGCUGCUCGGGCUGCAGGCCUCGAAAUUCCGGACGUCGAAUGAGGUACAAAUCAAGCGGAUCUCCGGCUCUGUAUUGUACACGAAUCAGAAACAACCUACGAGUGCCUCGUCUGGGCCAUCUCCGUCGCCCUCGGCAGCAC